AUGAAAAUUGAUCCAUCGAUUCCAUCGACACCAUUUGCUAACGUCCGUGAUGUCAGUCAUUUCAAAGGAGAACAAGAAAUUCUCUUCUCCAUGCAUUCCAUUUUUCGCAUAGGACCAAUGAAACAAAUCGAUAAAAAUAAUCGUCUUUGGCAAGUCGAUUUGACAUUGACUAGUGACAACGAUCCAGAUCUCAAUGCACUUACUGAACAGAUGCGCAAAGAGACCUGUCCCAAGAAGAAAGGAUGGGAUCGAUUGGGUGGCUUGCUAAUUAAACUGGGGCAGUUCAAUACAGCCCAAUAUGUAUAUGAUAUCUUGUUCGAUCAAGCAACAACUGAUUCAGAAAAAGCAUCAAUGUAUCAUACGCUCGGCAUUCUCAAGCACGGUCAAUGUCAAUAUAAAGAUGCCGUUGCCUAUUAUAACAAAUCUAUUGAAAUCAAAGAGAAGAUUCUCUCACCAACGGAUGCUAAUUUGGUUGCUUCUUAUAACAACAUCGGUUCGGUGUAUGCCAACAUAGGUGACUAUUCAAAUGCCCUUUCAUAUCAUCAAAAAGCACUAGAAAUCUGCCAAAAAACUCUAUAUUUGACUCAUCCUAAUUUGGCUCAAUGCUAUAACAGCAUUGGUUGGGUGUAUGACGGCAUGGGUGACUAUUCGAAUGCACUUACAUAUCAUCAAAAAGCACUGGAAAUCAAACAAAAAAUCCUUUCUUCAAAUCAUCCUGACUUGGCUCAAUCUUACAACAAUAUUGGUUCGGUGUAUAACGCCAUGGGUGACUAUUCGAAUGCACUUUUAUCUCAACAAAAAGCACUGGAAAUUUGCCAAAGAAGUCUUCCUUCAAAUCAUCCUGAUUUGGCUGCAUCUUACAACAACAUUGGUUCGGUGUAUGACGACAUGGGUAACUAUUCGAAUGCCCUUUCAUAUUAUCAAAAAGCACUGAAAAUUCGCCAUAAAGCUGUUCCUUCAAAUCAUCCUGACUUGGCUCGAUCUUACAGCAAUAUUGGUUCGGUGUAUAACGCCAUGGGUGACUAUUCGAAUGCACUUUUAUCUCAACAAAAAGCACUGGAAAUUCGCCAAAAAAGUCUUCCUUCAAAUCAUCCUGAUUUGGCUGCAUCUUACAACAACAUUGGUUCGGUGUAUGCCGACAUGGGUGACUAUUUGAAUGCACUUCCAUAUCAUCAAAAAGCACUGGGAAUCAAACAAAAAACUCUUCCUCCAAAUCAUCCUGAUGUGGCUAUAUCUAUUAAGAAAUAUUCGACGAAGACAUUCUUUUCAACAACACAUGUUGAUCGACAACAUAUUCGAAUAAUUACUUCAUGA